AUGCAAGCCUACGUAGACAUCCUUAUUGGCAUUGCUGUUGCGAACUUUCUUAUCACUACCAAUCGGGCUGUAAAAGGCAUCCAGUUAGCCGAAGAGUGCCUCAUUUUCCUGAACAACACGGUGCUGAGGGAAAAUACUACAAUCUUCAAUAGAGGCUAUUGUCACAUAUGUUAUUUAUUCUCCUUCGCUUAUGGAUAUUAUAUUUUUGAUUACACAAGAGCAAUUGAAUGGGGCGAAAAAACUCUUGAGGCCAUAGUCCAAUUAUUUGGAGAAUUUAGUGAUCAGGUGGGCACAGCAACCAUGAUGCUGGCAUUAUGGUAUCUUCAGCAACUUAAGUAUGAGAAAGCAAAGGAACUGUUCGAGAAAGCACUGCGCAUCAAGCAAGAGACUGGCGACAGAGACAGUGAAGCAACGUGUUAUCGUUGCCUCGGGGUACUCUGUUAUCAUGUCGGUCAAUACCAUAACUCGAACAAAUAUAUCGAAAAGGCACUUGAGAUAAGAAAAGAAAUUGGUGACAAAAUGGGAAUAGCUGAUUGCUAUAGCAACCUAGCGAUUGCAUUUGAAUCACUUGGACAGUAUGACAAGGCCAUGGAAUAUAUUGACAAAUCACUUUUGAUAAGAAAAGAAAUAGGAGACAGAAAAGGAGUGGCAAAAGAUUACAUAUGCAAAGGAAAAGUGUGUCACUCAGUGGGUGAGUAUGCUGACAGUAGAGAUUUCGCGCAGAAAGCACUUGCAAUUCAAAAGGAAAUCGGCGACAAAGAAGGCCAGGCUGAGUCUCAUUUCUCUUUUGCCACGUUCUUCAGCCGCCAGGGUCAAUGUGCCAAGGCUGUACAAUGCUUAAGGGAGUCGCUUUUGAUAUCGAAAGAAACGGGACGCAAGGUAGCGGAAGCCCUUUGUUAUACAAACCUAGGAUGUGCUUACUCUUAUUUUGGAGAAUUUGCCGAGGCUAAGGAGAAUAUUGAAAAAGCACUUAAAAUAAGUAAAGAAACUGGGAAUGUCCAAAUACAGUGGCUGUGCCAUCUCCUCCUCGGAUUGAUUAUGAUGUUUCAAGGAAACACAGAGGAGAGUAUUUCGAACCUCUUUUCUAGUAUCCAACACUGCGAGGACUUGCGCAGUUCUUUAGGGGACAAUGACCCGUUCAAGGUGUCUCUUUUAGACAAACACUUCGCUCCCUACCAAACUCUCAGUCAGUUGUUUUGUGACAAAGGAGAUCAUGUUAAAGCAUUGUACGUUUUAGAGCUUGGACGAGCCAGGGCUUUGACAGAGUUAAUGUCCACUCAGUAUUUUGCUGGAAAGCAAUUUACAAUUGAUCCACAAUCAUGGAUGGGCAUUGAGGGAAUCAUCAAGAAAGGAAGUAACUUUACUUGUCUAUACAUAUCAUAUGUCGUGCUGGAUAUUUAUUUGUGGAUUUUGGAUCAGAAACAGUCAGUAAAUUUCCGACAUAUAAAGAAAGAUGAAGCUGUUUCGACUAUCGGACCGGUGGAAGAUUUGAACGCCUUUCUAAGAAACCCACCCGUUAGAGGGUGUCAGAAGCUUCUUCAAGGGCAUUGCGAGGAUCGAUCAAUGUUCCCCUUGGUCGCUUGCUCCUCGUCUCAGGAAGAUAGAGUUGCAGCUCUCCGCCCUUUUGAAUUGGAUGAAGACGAUCAAGAACAAGAACCGUCACCAACUCUUGAGCUACUUUACAAGAUUUUCAUCACUCCAGUGGCUGACCUGCUUGACGAGCCCGAAAUUCUCAUUGUUCCUGAUCGUUCCUUGUACAAAAUUCCAUUUGCAGCGUUAAAGGAUGAAAAUGGGAAGUAUCUUUCAGAGACUUUCAGGAUCCGCAUUGUUCCAUCUUUGACGACUCUCAAGCUCAUUCAGGAGAGACCAGCAACCCAGUGUAAUGAUAGGAGUGUGCUGAUAGUGGGUGAUCCUGAUGUUAGCUAUGUGAGUGAGUUCUCUCAACUGUCUUUUGCAAGAAAGGAAGCGAAAAUGAUCGCCGAAUGGUUGGGUGUUCAACCUUUGUUAGGGUGUCAAGCAACAAAGCAGGCGGUACUUGAAUCGAUGCAUUCAGCAAGUUUGAUACAUUUUGCUGCACAUGGUGAUGCCGAAAGAGGAGAAAUUGUUCUUGCUCCAGUGCAACCUGUCAACAGGCCUUUGCAUAAAGACGAUUACGUGUUAACAACAGCUGAUGUUUCCGAAGUUAAACUUACGGCGAAACUAGUUGUCUUAAGCUGUUGUCACAGCGCACUUGGACACAUUAGAGCUGAGGGAGUGGUUGGAAUUGCCCGAGCGUUUUUAGGAUCCGGUGCACGCUCAGUGUUGGUGGCGUUGUGGGCCAUAGAAGACGAAGCAACAGAGCAGUUUAUGGGGCGUUUCUACGAGCACCUUGUGCGCGGUGAAAGUGCAACUGAAUCUCUUCACCAGGCCAUGAAGUGGAUGCGAGAGAACGGCUUCCCUGAAGUGAGGAAGUGGGCGCCUUUUAUGCUAAUUGGAGACAACGUGACGUUUGAUUUCAGAAAGUAAAGGUUAGUCUUUUGACGCAGAAAUAUGAAAAACAUAUUCGUGUACAUAGUUUGAGAUUCUUUGUUUCACCACCUUCAACAACAGCCUGGUUUCCAGGGUUUUCCUUCAGAAAAUUGGGAGAGGUGGCCCCUCUCAAUUUCCAGAGAGAAAAAUUGCGAACGAGCUUGCUUUAACAAGAAAUCUCUACUUGUUUGAAUGCAGUAUUCUUUCAUGACAAGUCACACGAACAAUGGUUACUCUUCAGUAUUUCCAAUAGUUUCUAAAAUCCUGUCAAUGCGACCACUCAGUGGCCAAAAACAUGACGAGAUUUUGAAAUAUGAAAAUUUCUGAGAUUUGUUGUUUACGUUUUCAUUAAGGAAAUGUGAUGGCCAAACGGGGUGGUCUUGAGGCGUGGUUUCACACUCAGGUUACAGGCUUAGAUUAUAUGUAAGGCGUCUCUCUUUCAUAAUGCAAUCUUUACAGGUAGCAAUUUUGACUCCUGAAGGAGGAUCAAGAGGUUAUCCCUAUAUUAAAAUCUUCCCUUUUAGAUAACCCACCCAGCCCUGGAAAGGUUGGCCACACUCCCGGGGUCUACGUCCCUGCUCUUUUCGAACAGUGGUGUGGAUUCUUUUACGUCCCACAGGAGCCAGAUAAGUGAAAGUGCUGUGAAACGUGACCUACGGUUUUUCGUCCUUAUCCAAGAAGAUUAGAAAUAUGCAGAAAGUCUAACCGUUUGUAGAUGUCAUUACAUGGCAGCACUUUCGUCUCUGAGUUUUUCAAAGACCCUGAGUGUUGUGUUGGUCCGGCCUGGGUUGAUCUCGUUACUUCCCGCUCAGCAGACCGGAGUUCUCCCAACUUAGCUAACCAGGCGGCAAUUUUGUAAAGUCAUGAGCGUAAAAGACACACGCAAGAAAUGAAAAUGACCUGAUUACAGUGGAACCCCGCUCUACGGACACUCGCUUAAUACGGACACCUGUAUAUAACGGACAGUUUCGUUUGUUUCGACAAAAAAGGUCAUAAAUUUUCUCUAAAAUUAACCCGCUUAAUACGGACACUAUAGCAUAUCCCGUCGGUGUCCGUAUUAACGGGGUUCCACUCGUAUUAAAGGCAGAGCGUUUAGUCUCUUACAAAAUGUAUCCCGCCUGUACUAUACGUAUGCAAACAUCGGCAAUUCGCGAUAAGAGAGCUGCUGUGAUUUGGUCCUCAUUUGCUCAUGUAUGAAGCAGAAAAGUACGUUUUCUGAGAACCUUCAUUGCUCCAUUUCUUGUUCUCAGUCUAAGUAAUAGCAACGGAUUAAAACUAAACUAUAAAUUUGACAAACCCUGAGGUAACAGUGUAUAGUAGUACACCUUCAAUGUAAUGAUUUACUUAGAAAUCUCCGAGACCUGGAAAUAUGCUUUGGAUGCUUUGACUAGUACGAUGUUUACCAUAUAAGUGUAAGGGUGAGUUCUGAAAGUAAUGAUUAAGUUUGUGUCGCUAAUAAAUGCAUUGUUAAGUAGGUUUCAAUGACGUGUUUGACAGGAGGAUUACUUGCUUUAUUUGGAGUUUCAUGGGUCAAAUGAAUGGUGUACCUUAUUGUUACUGAAAAAUGUAUAUGCUUCAUAAAUCAGAUAAAUAUAAACGAUUUAACAGGCUAUUUUUUUGUUUUUUUGUUCCUUGUAGGAGUAACUCGAUUGAAGGUAGACGAAGGAAAAAUGGACUCGGCUCCAGGAAAAUUGUAAAUACAGUACUCCCCUGGAAGCUCAAAUUUCUGUGUUUUGUGGAAUUGUUGAAGUUUGUUUGA